CUGGGCUUUUAUUUUGAAGGCAAGAGUUUGCAGCUGUGUUGAUUGUAAACGGUGCUGGGCUAACUUCAAGCAACAUUGCAAAAGACUGCAGGUCUUGAUGUCUGUGUGCUCAGCCCUAUUGACCCGCCAUGUAGCUGGAGGCUGCUGCAGGGGGUUGUGUGGUGUUCCUCCACCGCCGGUCCACAUCAGAUUGGCCAGCGUAGCUGAACCAGGCACAACAGGAACCGACGAAGAACAACUCCGGGAGGCAGCUGGGUUCCUGCCCUUCUCUACAGCCAAAAUAGGAUCUUUCUUUCAGCAAAGACCAGUUCUAAAGAACCCAUUUCUAGAGGAUGCCUUGCUAAGAGGAUACCUGAGGAGACACCUGCCCCAGGAGGCAUCGUUAUCCGACUUGUGUUCAUUUGGAGAGCGUAUAGCAAAUGAGGUGGACGUCUGGGGUCGAGAGUGUGAGGUCACUCCUCCACGGUUGGUGCACUUUGACCCCUGGGGUCGCAGAGUGGACCACAUCGUAACCUCCUCUGCCUGGAAACGCAUGAAAGACUUGUCGGCACAGGAAGGGCUGGUUGCCAUUGGCUACGAGAGGUCCUUUGGGGAGUGGAGUCGUGUGUAUCAAAUGAGCAAGUUGUACAUCUUCUCUCCCUCCUCUGGUCUCUACACUUGUCCUCUGGCCAUGACUGACGGAGCUGCUAAGGUCAUCCAGUCCACAGGUGUUUCAUGGCCAGUAGAGGAAGCCUUCCACCGUUUGACCACACGUCAGCCUGAGUAUUUCUGGACAUCUGGGCAGUGGAUGACCGAAAGACAGGGAGGAUCUGACGUGGCCAGUGGCACAGAGACGGUGGCUGUUCCCCAGACAGACGGUUCAUACAAACUACACGGCUUCAAGUGGUUCACCUCUGCUACAGACGCAGACAUGACUCUUACACUGGCCAGAGUGCAGGACAGAACAGGAGCAACCACCACGGGCAGCAGGGGUUUGUCUUUGUUCUACGCAGAGGUGAGUAGAGAUGAGGAUGGCCGGCUGAAGGGUAUAGAGGUUCAGAGACUGAAGGACAAACUGGGCACAAGACAGAUGCCAACGGCUGAGUUACUGCUGGACGGCCUGCCGGCACACAGGCUCUCAGAGAAAGGGAGAGGGGUGGCCUCCAUAGCAAACAUGCUGACUAUAACCCGGAUACACAACAGCAUCUCUGCAGCAGCCGGCAUGAGAAGGGUGGUCCAGUUAGCUCGUGACUAUGCCAAUCGCCGCACUGCCUUCGGAAGGCUUCUUAAAGACCACCCGCUGCACAUGCAGACUCUCGCUAGGAUGGAGGUGGAGACUCGUGGAGCUUUCCUUCUGGUGAUGGAUGUGUGUCGUCUGUUGGGCCGAGAAGAAAGCGGCAUAGCGACCCAGCAUGACGCACACCUGCUGCGUUUGCUCACUCCUGUGGCCAAACUGUACACUGGGAAGCAGGCGGUGGCUGUGGUGUCAGAGGGUUUGGAAAGCUUCGGUGGACAGGGCUACAUUGAGGAUACAGGGUUGCCUGGACUGCUUCGCGAUGCACAGGUUUUGAGUAUAUGGGAAGGAACCACAAAUGUUCUGUCUCUGGACGUGCUGCGAUGUGUGGCUCGUAGCUCAGGAAUGGUUCUUCACGCUUACUUCACCCAUGCCAAGUCCCUGCUUGCAGGUGCAUCAAGUGUUUCCACAUUGGUGCCGGCGGUGAAAGCAGUCGACUGUGCUCUCUCUGAACUGGAGGACUUUGUUCAGGUAGCAGCUACAAGAGCACCUGGCUACCUGGAACUAGCAGCCAGAGACCUGGCCUACAGCCUGGCUCGCAUCUACACGGGUGCCCUUCUCAUUGACCACGCCUGUUGGGAGGGAGCCUCUACAUCUGACACCUAUGCCGCUCUCAGGUGGUGUGAACGCGACUUGUGCCCUGUGGUGACUAAACAGGCGAGAGGCUGCUAUGAUCUCAGAACGGCGGCACUUGAUGCUGCACUUGUGUAUGACGGGCCCAUCCAAGGCUGAAGGUUCACUGAUAAAUUAAUAACCUCACCUUAGUUCUGUGGCAGAUCUAGUCACUGUCUCACUCCAUUUAGAUGACUUAAAAAUAAUAAUAAGAAAUAAAAGCCAGCUCUGUAUAAGCAAAGAAAUCCAACUGAAAAUAGAGUAUCUAAUAUAAUAUAGUCCUGUCUAAUUUAUAUUUACUUCUGUAUAUGAAGUAUCUGCAAUAUCUAUUUUUGUCUGUAAUAAAUAUGGAACUAUAGAUGUACAAUGUAUACAGUGUGACGUGGAUAUAUUAUACAUGGCUCCAGGCUUUUCACAUUCAAAGUCAUGACUACUCCUGCAUACACUUUUAGGGCAAGAUGAAGCAACGAUCAACAAACUACAAAUAAAGUAGAGCACAGGUCAGAAGUAAGAGCAGCAGGAGGGAGUUUUACAUGCAGUACAUGCUGCCUUCCUAACUAUUGGAAAAACUGUAUGUGUGAACUCCUAUCUGUUCGACAGGCGUUAACUACUAUAUUUUAGUCUCUAUAACAAAUUAUAUGACCUUAGCAGUUUUACUAAAUGUAUUCACCAGCUAAUUAUUUGUAAUGGCAAUAUGAUUCUAUUAUUCUAUUGAUUAUAUUGAUAGUUCACUUUAUUAUUGUUGUAUUGUGCCAAUCUAUAUCUGAAAUGAAAUGAGGGCAAAGCAUGGUAACAAUGCUACGAAGUGAUGUACAGCAGCUUUUUGGGGAAUACACCAAUAAAGAAUAUAUACUCAA